GUCAAAACGAGUCAGACCACUGCAGGAGGAGAGGAUGUGGAGACAAAGAUCGCACCUGAGCGAAAACAAAUGCUGCUAGACGACGGGUGGCUACGUAAUAAAAUCCGUGUUUACCCUCAACUAAAUUUGUCAGACCAAUGAUAACUAGAUACUCGCAGAAUCUCAUUUUGCUGAAUGGUUUUUCCCUGCUAGCUAUGUUUAAUAGAAAUUAUGACGAAUCCAGCGGUGACUGCCUCGUAGCAGCGACAAUGCUCAGGCCUGUCAUAACCGGCUUUCUCAGAUUUUGUUCGUCACAUCAAUGACCAUGGAUGUCAGAGCAGUUCUGGAGUUUGCCACAGUCACCAGGGGCCUCUCGCUCUUCUUGCAGGCUGUCUUGAAUGCUGCCAUCCCUGACCAUGAAGCUGAUGCAUUCAGGCCCCCGCGGACAGAAGAGCCUCUGUACUUGGACUCUGCAGUGGAGUGGUUAUUGGGUGGUCUUUCUCACUGGGAUGCAGAGCACUUCCUCUUCAUUGCUGAGAGAGGAUACCUGUAUGAGCACAACUUUGCUUUUUUCCCCCUCUACCCUGUAGUACUCCGUGGCUUGGCAGAGACACUGCUGUGGCCCCUGAGCGGCUGGCUGAGUGUGCGGGGGCGUCUGUUGGUGGCCGUUGCUCUGGGGAACAGUGCCCUCUUCCUGCUGAGUGUGGUCGCCUUGCACGCACUUAGUAGAAUAGUCCUGCAGGACAGACGUCUUGCUCUGCUCUCCAGCCUUCUCUACUGCAUCACACCAGCCAAUGUUUUCAUGACUGCUGGAUACUCGGAGAGCCUGUUUGCUGCCCUCACUUUUGGUGGUCUGUUCCUCCUGGAGAAAGGAUUCACCUUCCGAGCCUGCUUGGCCCUCAGUAUAGCCACUGCAGCACGAUCCAAUGGACUUGUCAACAUAGGAUUUCUACUGUAUCUUCCAUCGCUCCAUGCCAUUUCUCAGAUUCGUGUUUAUCGUACAACGACUAAAGGCCACAUUAAAGUCUUCCACUACAUUUGGGCCAUCAUUCGACUCCUGCUCACCUCUCUCUUGGGAACUGCAAUUAUUGCCCUUCCCUUUUGUGCUUUCCAGUACUAUGGGUAUAGGACGUUUUGCACACCGUCCGUCUCCCUGGAGCGGAUCCAUCCUGCUCUUCUGUCGCUGGCUGAACGGAAGGGCUACCGGGUUCCAGAUGAAAAUGGUCCACCACCCCUCUGGUGCAUGAGACCCUUGCCCCUACUUUAUUCUCAUAUCCAGGACGUGUAUUGGGACGUGGGCUUCCUCCGUUACUUUGAGCUGAAGCAGAUACCGAACUUUAUUCUGGCUCUACCUAUGGCUACCCUUGGCAUAAUGGCAGCUUAUGCAUAUUUUCAAGCUAAUUCAGAACUUUGUCUGAGACUUGGACUUUGGGAGACAAGUGCAACUAAAGGGCUUGACAAACCCACACCAGGAUUCUUCAACCCAAGGGUGUUUGUGUAUGUUGUACAUUCAACAGUCCUCCUGGUGUUUGGAACAUUGUGCAUGCAUGUGCAGGUUCUAACCAGAUUCAUGGCUUCCUCGUCUCCUGUGCCGUUCUGGAUAAGUGCUCAUCUUCUCCUCCUCAAUGAGCCCCUUCUUCAUCGAAGGAAAACAUCAAACCCCAACGUACAACUACAGACACAUUCCAGAAAUGGAUGCAAGCACACACCUCAAAACCCUAUCAUUGCACUGCUGCCACAUUUCAAAACCUGUUCACCAACCACACAGAGCAUCCUGGGAUACUUUGUCUCUUACUGGGUGCUGGGACUCGCACUGCAUUGUAACUUCUUGCCAUGGACUUGACUUUAGACAUUACUCUGAGCUUUAAAUGCAAUAUUUCUAUGUAGGACUGGGCGAUUUAUCAUAUUUUAAGUCAUAUGAAUCCACAUAUGUGUUUUUGCAGUACAUCAUCAUCCAUAGUCAUUUUUUCUGCCUGUAAUUGUUAAAUUGUUAAUUGUAGUAUUGCAUUACAAAGAGAUUGACAUGAAAAUUGAAUAAUACAUGAAUACAAAAUGUUUCAAAGUCCCAUUUAUUUAGAAAAACAAAACAAAAUGAUUUUAUUUUAUUUUUGGUGAAAACAAAACCAAAGCAAAGAAAAGUACAAAAAAAUAAAUAAUGCUUUGCCUGAUAUUUUGAUAAUGUCUCCCAGUUCUACAUAGAACCUGUUGACAUUAUUACAUUUUUGAUGCAGAUUUAUUCAUGUAGUAGUCAACAAAUCUGAUUUGCACAACUUAGUCAAAUGUGUUUGUAGUUGUUUGAGAAUAAACUGAAAUGUACAAUAUACCUGAAACUUUACCGAACACUUGGGUUGUAAAAAAAAAACAAAAAAAAACCCCUCUUUAUUUUAUGAUGAGUACUUGUUGAAUCAUUCAGAUUUUAAUUACUCAGUUAAAUGUUGCACUGCAUGUUGGGAAAAAUUAUUCCAAGUUAUAGUUUGGGACUUUUGGAUGUGGAUAAAAAAAAAUAAAGAUUUUGUUGCUGUAAAA